AGAAUCUUAAUAACGUUGACUGCAUGGGCACAUGCACAACAAUUUAAUCGCGAUCCUCCCUUUUUGUUAUACAAAAGUAAUAUCAAUUGAACUCCAACUCUGAAUUGGCAGUUAAGUAACGAUAAUUUAUCAUUUAAUCUCUUGAAAUUAAUUGUAAAGUAUUUAAAGGAAAAGUAUUAUCCGCUUUACUAAAGGUGAUACUCAUAUCAGUAUAUAAACAACAUAAACCAAACACAAAACAUAUCUAUAACUACUGAUGGACAUUUCUACCCAGAGAUUUUCCAUGAACGGAAGAAGUAUGAGACUACCUCCUGGGUUUCGGUUCGAUCCGGAUGAUGAAGAUCUUGUUUUCGAGUAUCUAGCCAAGAAGGUCCUCCACCGUCCGAUGGACUUCGACCUCCCUGAGCUCCGUUCUUGCAAUGUUGAUCCUUGGGACUUGCUAGGAGAUAAGAACACGGAAAUGUAUUACUUUGUGAAGAAGGAAGAGCGAGAGAAGAAGGGAAGAGAGACGUUAUCCGGUUACUGGGAAGAGUGUGAAGAAGAGGAAGUAAUGGAAUCUGGAGAUCGUGGUUGUAAUUAUUUAGAAGGAAGGAAAAAGACAUUUGCUUUCUAUAUUGGGCAAAGACCUCGUGGAACAAUAACUCCAUGGAUAAAGUACGAGUUUCGGCUUCUUUCCUCUAGGGCUACACGGUGGUCAUCGUCCUCUCUGCCUCGCGGUGCGGUAGAGAACUGGAGAGCGGUGAAGGUGAUCGUAAAGGAAGAGAAUGAGGAGGAGAUCGAGGAGGAUGAGCAGGCGUCGGAUGAGUCAGAUGGCGAAGAGGUUGUUCAAAGCCGGUGACGACCGAUCGAUGUCAUGUUGAUGCCACAUGUAUUAUGUACGCAAAUGGUUUUGUAAGUGGCAAAUCAUUUGAGUUUAGUUAGUAACUUGGUACUGAUAGAAUAUAGGGAAGUAUCUUAGAUGAAAAUGAGGCUGCUUAAUUUGUCUUAUUGGCUUCCAAGCCUUUUGGAAUGUAAUAGAGGAUGUGUUGCGACAUGUGGCUUUGACUCUCCUGUCUUA